AGAAUUCCAGGAGAAACAUUUCUUCAAAAGUGUGAUUGCCUAUAGGCCUGCAGCCUAUAGAUAGUUGUGCCAUCAAAUAGCACAGGCCUUUAUAGGCGAAGGCCUUGUCCAGGUCAGCAGAGAAAUGGAAAAUUACUUAAAACUGGAGAAACUUGGUGAAGGCACUUAUGGUGUUGUAUACAAGGCCAAGAACAAGAAGACUGACCAAAUUGUUGCCCUCAAGAAGAUCCGACUAGAGAACGAAGAUGAUGGUGUACCAUCCACAGCCAUUAGGGAGAUUGCAAUGCUCAAGGAGCUUCGUUCUCCUCACAUUGUCAACCUUUUGGACAUUAUCAUGCAAGAGAAUAAGCUCUUCCUAGUCUUUGAAUUCCUGGCAAUGGAUCUCAAGAAACUCAUUGACCAAUAUCGCAACCGAAAUCUUGAACCACAGCUAAUCAAAUCCUAUUGCUACCAGAUAACAGAUGGGAUCUUGUUCUGCCACAAGAGGCGUAUUCUGCAUCGAGACCUAAAACCACAAAAUCUCCUAGUGGACAGGCUAGGAAACAUCAAGAUUGCAGAUUUUGGUCUGGCACGUGCUAUUGGACUCCCUGUGCGAGUUUACACACACGAGGUGGUCACCUUAUGGUAUCGUGCUCCAGAGGUGCUUCUUGGCUGUAAGCAGUAUGCAUGCCCUGUUGAUGUUUGGGCCAUUGGCUGCAUCUUUGCAGAGAUGUGGACUAAGAAACCACUCUUCCAUGGAGACUCAGAAAUUGACCAGCUUUUCCGUAUUUUCAGGACAUUGGCAACCCCAACAGAAGAUAUAUGGCCUGGAGUGAAGAAUCUUCCUGACUACAAGGCAACAUUUCCACAAUGGACACAGAGGAAUCUGGCUGAGGCCACGAAGAACCUUAUGCCUGAGUCAGCUUUUGAUCUACUGGAAAAGACAUUGAUCUACAACCCAGCCAAGAGGAUUACUGCCAAGGAUAUGUUGGAGCAUGAAUAUUUCAAAGGAAUUGAUCCCUCUUCCCGUUCUGCUCCAACCUGCUAAUACCCUGUGGUUCUGAUCAAAGAUAUUUGAUAUCUUUGAGAAAGUUUUUCAAGUUCCAGCAAUCAAUGAUUUUCAGUUUCAAGAGUCAGUGAUCUUUUUAUUCAACUUGUCUUACCCAAUGUUCUAAGCUUUCCUAUCAAGGAUAAAUAAAAUUCCCUGGUAAAGAUUC